AUGAUGUUGCAUGUGCACACAAGGAGUUUGUCGACUUCGGCGGACUCGAGAACGCGUACUAUCAAUAGAAGACAUGCUAGACGGCUUUCAGGACCGAUAGACGGAGAUCUCGCUGCCGUGUCAUUCUCCCGACUCUCCAUCAGUCCGGUGGAAGAUAUUGAAAUGACCAUGCCCCACAAGCGCUCGCCCACGUUGCCCCCGCAGUCAUCCUCCCAUGAAAACGCGCCCUCUCUCCCGAAUCCACCGAACACCACUGACCGAAGUACGAAUGACUUCGAGGAGGACACCAGUAUGUCCGACUGCGGUCUGCCCAUUACAGCUGAACUUCUUCACCGCUCGUUGAUCGCGAUGGAUACCCGGUCGGUUGCAGACAGAAUGUCCGCAUCUCCCGGACCCAAUCCACUCUCAUCGCCGCUUUCGUCUGCUACCACGCACAAAGAGCAGAUCGACGAAGAGAUGCCGAAGGUCACCUCAGUUGAAGUCUUAUUCGCCCCAGAUGCAGGAGAUGUCGACAAGACGCACCAGCCAGCUUUCUCUCCAGACGGGCUCCCGAUCCCGAUCGCGCAUACACAUACACCUCAAACGUCGAGCUCAUACUCCCAUGAUAGCUCAUCUGCAACCAUUGUUUCGGCCUCGAAACCAUCAUCUCGGGAUAAUUCCGUAUACGGCGACGUGAGUCCGAAGGCGUCUUCACCACUGCCUCCGUCCUCCAUGCCGACAUCGCCUGCGACAAGUAACCCCACUUCACCUUACGAGUCGCACGUCCCUCUACGAGACACAGACACGUCUUGUCCGGCCAUCAUAUCGAUGUCUGUUGACGACUUACGUACUUGCUCUCCUGCUUGGUCCACCCAGCCGGUUCCGAGCUCCCCAGUCCAGACUUCUGAGCGCCUCGUUGCAAGCUCGCCUCCGCCCUCGUCUGUCCUUGGUAAACGCGCUAGUAGCGAGCAGUUUGAGGACGUGCCAAAGCUCGUGGUUGGUUCGUCUCCAGUGAAACGGAUUCGUACCGAUGGCAUCAGGUCCUCUCCGCCGCCCGUGACAAUACGACGCCAGACUCCUACUUCGCAGCAACGCUCACGUAAGAAACUCAUCACUCCGUUUCGCCCUCCUACGAUAGUCCGGAAGAGCCCGCCAGCACUUGUCGAACAAGUCACAGCGGCGCCCAAUAACCAUUGUACGCCUCUCGCGACAACGGCUUGCUCUGCACCUCCAAACGUCGCGAAGACCAUGACGAAACUCGCCAGGAGCUCGCGCGCCGCCGCGCAAUUUAAGUCGCCGAUGGCUGCUCGGCCUGCGGGCAGCGGUCGAGAAGUGGUGCUUCCGACGGCCAUGAUCCUGACGCUCGAGCGUAAAGUCACUGCUCUGAGGCGUGCAAUCAAGAUUGAGAGAGACCGGGACGAGGAGAAGCUGGCUGCUUUGGCAAGGAAAUGGCGUGAGGCUGGAAGAGAGGCUGCUUACGAGCUGUGGGAUAUUGUGCGUGGCAUGGCGACAGAUAGUGGUCAUGUGGACGGAACUCCGGCGAGCGAUAGCUGGCGCUCAAGCUGGGGAUGGGAAGGGAAGGAUGAACAGGAGGGAGACAAUGGAGAGGACGAUGCCAUGAAAGUCGAAGAGGAGCAGGAGGAGGUGAAGCGUGAGGAAACGCUGGGGGUCAUGUUGAGGAAACUCAAUAUCGACCCGGCGACGCUCGGCUGGGAUGACGCGCUCGAGUCCUUCAUAGGUUGA